AUGGUCUUUGGCUUUGUAGAUCCAGACAGCGCAGAGGACGGAAGUCAUGGCGAUCCCAACGGAGAAGCUGCUCGGACGAAUAUUAUGUCUAUUACGAAUUACCCCCACAACCUUUGGCGGCAAAGAAGGCAACCGAGGCAACAGGUUGGUCGACUCAUGGAUACUCUAUUCGAUGUAAAACCAGGCGCGUAUCGACACAGAAGCCGUGCGGGUAAAGGUCUUCAGGGUCAUGGCAAUCCCUGCCAAUCCACUAAAGUCACCAAAGACGCGGUUCCAGUCGGAGCGCUGAGUAUGACAGGGGUAGAGAUCGCCGCGGGCAAACGUGUCUCAUGUCCAGAGCGAAAGUGCUCCCACUUCUCACUUCUCUAG